AUGGAUUCCAGUCCCGACCUGUCUUCUUCUGGACUACUUCAUCGAGCCGUUGGAGGGGUAAAACAAUUUUUAGAUGGAGACCAAAACCAGCCUGCCUUUGAUCGAGUAGCCCUUCGCUUGUACGGGGCAUUUCCAAAACAGCGCAAUGGCCAAUAUCUACACGAACACUGGGAGCAAGGCAAUCUUUUAGUUAAUCAUAUCGUCGCAUUGAACAAACGCUAUCUUAAUACGUCUUUGUCUCCCCAAAUCUCUCCAACUUUUUACUACAUACGUCUGCUUAGCAAUUGCGCAUGGUUCCUUUACGAGAAAGACAAUUAUCAUGAGGCACAAACAAUAUUGGUUGGCGGCCUCGACGCGUGCGAACAGCUGAAGCUAGUGUCUAAAUCCCCUGAGAUCGAUAUCAUCCACGCCCAUAUGCUAAACACUAGUGCUAUUCUUGAUGAUUGUGGAGGACGUUUUGACUCCCAAAUUGAGAAGCUCAAAGAGGUCCUGGAAAUACGGAAACGCGUGCUUCCCCAAGAUCACGAAGAGAUUUCUGGUGUUCUCAAUAACUUGUGUCUGGCAUACGAAAGUGCUAUGCAAUUCCAAGAAGCGUUGGAAUAUAGAGAAAAAUCUUUAGAAGUCUGCCGGAAGCACCCGAAAUCGAUGUCUCGAGAAACUAAAAUUCAGAAGAGAGAGUUGGUAUAUUCGAGAUUGCUUUUGGCCAUGGGUCAGCUGGAAGAGGCAAAAAAAUUGUUUCCUGGACUGUCGCGAUAUUUUGAAAUCAUCCAGAACUGGUAUUUUAUUGGACAUUUAUACAUCAUUAUGGGCAAUUAUCACUUUGCUAAGCGAAACUUUCAGAGUAGCCAAAGGUGUUUUUUGCAUGCUCUGAAGCAGUAUGAAGAGGUUGGAAAAGCUACGGACCACCCACAGGCAGCCGCUUGUCUCUACAAGAUUGGUCGUGUUGCUUUGGAGGAAGGGGAUUUGGAUAAGGCGAUAGAAAAAUUUCGCGAGGCAAUCAAACGACUCCAAUUGAUUGAUCCGAUGAACCCUCAAAUUGGAAGGAUCAACUUCAUGCUUGGCAAAGCAUUGAAGAGGACUGGUGGUGACCACACAGAUGAGAUAGGAAAGCUGGAGAAAGAAAUUCAGGUCAUCGUGCAAAGGCUGAGACCACAGCAAGAUUUAUCGGCAGAGAUCACAGAGGCUCUCCUUGAUUCGCUAGUCGACGGGAUAAUCCGCUGA